AUUUGCCACGACCAUCUUCCACCCCUUCACCUCUUAAUUAAAUAUGCCAGUCACAAAUACAACAACAGCCCGAAACAUACAGACCAGACAGACCACCGUCUAAAGAUCGAUGGGGAGCGACGACAAGCACAAGCACAAUCACAACCACAACCACACCGACACCGGUGGUGACCUGCCAGACGUUGAACACCAGAAAAAACGUUCUCGUUACGCCCCUGAAGAUACCCGUGGUUCGAUUUCCAAAGUGGUGGUUGUCAUCCUUCUCCUCAUAGCUAUAACCGCGCUCGUGUUAUGGCUACUUUACCGUCCCCAUAAACCCAAGUUCACAGUUGCAGGUGUCGCGGUUGUUAACCUCAACACUGCAACUCCCCCAACCACCAUCACAGCCCUGCAGCUGACUCUAGUCAACAGAAACCCCAACAACCGUGUGUCUAUUUACUACAACCACCUCGUGAUUUUUCUGUCAAACAAAAACCAGCCCAUCACUCCACCACUAAUGCUACCACCUUUGCAUCAUAAAAGUGAUAGCACAGUGGUUAUGGCCCCUAUGUUACCCUUGUCACCAGAGGUGGUUAAUGGGUUGGCAAGUGAUGGAGGUAAUGGGGCCCCCGUGAGUUUACGGGUUGUUUUGACUGGAAAAAGGAAAUGGAAAUAUGGAGGUGUAAAGUCAGGUUGGAAAUCAGUGUAUGUUGGAUGUGAUGUAGUAAUUGGUCUCAAAAAAGGAGUAAUGGGUCAGGUUCCUUUGCUUGGGCCUUCUGUGUGCAAAGUUGAUAUAUGAUAGAUAUAUAUAUUCUACCUUCAGUUUUCUUUUCUAUGAGUAUGUAAGAAAACAUCAUGUAAGUAGACAAGGGAGGUUUAUAAUUUCAUUUAAGUUUUUGAAUACUAUAGUCUAUAUGUAAGUACCUAUAUUUUUCCUUAAGAAAAAGCCUCUAAUGGGCUAA